CAACCAUAUACAAUGUCGCGUAAGAAUGACGCUUUUGCGGACUUGUUCUCGACGGCCACCAACCACAAACCGAAGACUGACAAGAUCCCAUUGGCGCAGCGACAAGCGAUGAAGCCGGUCCCGGCGGCUUCCAGCUGGGCAGAUGUAGACUUGCUCAGCCCCGAUUUUGCAUCAGGGAACUCUUCAUCCUCAUCGGUUCCAACCCAAAAGGAUGAAAUUGACGACUUGUUUGAGAUUUUCAAUAAGCCAGCUCCAGUGCCAGUUGCUCCAGUGCCGGCCGUUACAUCUUCGUCCCCCCAAGCCUCUCAAAAUGGCAGCUUUGCGUCCUCUCUAAAUGAGGGAUCAGAGUCAAGUAAUGGCAACCGGUAUGGCUACUCCUCCCGGCCUCAUGUCUCUCGCUCUCAAGGUCUUUUCUCUAGCGACGACGAUAGUGACGACCCUUCAGAGGCAUCUGCUCCGUCUCACAGCCACCUGGAAUCCACUCAAUCGGAUGAAAUACUUGCUGAGCUUUUGGAAAUGGGUUUCACGAUGGACCAGGCAACUGGAGCGCUUCGUGUGACUGGAGGCAGCGAUAUCAACAUCGUUAUCAGCUACCUCAUGGACCAGGCACACCGCUCGCCCCAGCCCAGAGCCCGCGCAUCAGAGACUGGUGAACUAAAUGAGGUUAUUACACAGCUCUCGUCCGACUUUAAAAAUGUGGCCACGUCGUGGUUGAACAAGGGCCGCAAGCAGCUUGUGAAGGGCAUGGAGAUGUACAAGGAGCAACAGUUCCAAUCCCAGGGGGCGCAACCAGCGUGGAUGCGGAACCAAGAGAAGUACAAGGCUGGGUCCAAGCAGCUAGAAGGGGAUGAAGAAGUGGCGAUAGACCAGCGGGAGGUGGAGCGGAUCGUUCGGGAGCAGCGGGAGAGGGAAAAGGAGCGGACGAGAGAGCGGAUGAGCAAGAUUGGCAAGGCUGGAGCGUCAGUUGCCGCUGAAAGACAAACCGGGUCAAUGGAAAGACAAAAUAGAGGUCAAAAUGGAAGUCAACAUGGCAGUCAGGAAUCAUUUAGACCAUCCCUGAGCCAAUCCUUUAGAUCAUCCCUGAGCCCCUCUCUCUCUCAGAGAUCAUCCUAUUUGCCGGCUUCACCGGCUCCAGCUACACCGGCUCCAGCUACGCCUGAACCACAGCUUGUAGAUUUGUUUGGCACAGCCCCAGCGCAAAGAUUCAAAAAAGCGGAGGACGAGCCAAUGAUGGUGAGCUCCUCCCGCAGACGCCGUGUAACCCCUACCGCCUCCCUCGUCCCAUCUACUCCAUCUUUCACUUCCUCGCCAGCCCAGAGACCCGCCACUCCCUUAAAUGAGAUCCAACGCUUUGAAUACACUCGUUACAAAGACUCAGGAAACCAGGCAUUCACGGCUGGUGACUUUGCCACGGCGUUAGAACAAUACGAGCUCGCGCUCCAACAGCUCCCUCCAAGACACGACUUUUCCAUCGUUGUCUAUUCGAAUUUGGCUGCCGCUGGCUUGAAACUAGGGGACUCGCGCAGAGCAUUGGACUUUGCCAACGCGGGCUUGGAGGUCAUUGGUGCGGCCACCACCGGAAACAUCAACGGCAAUACCACGGAAAAACCUGUGAAGGAGCUCUGGUUGAAGUUAGUGGGACGGAAGGCUGAGGCUUUGGAGCACUUGGAGAAGUGGCCUGAAGCCUUGGCUGCCUACACCUUGGUUAUUCAGAACGGUGGAGCCGGUGCUGCCUCCAUGGAUGCCAAGAGACGGUGCCAGAAAAUGGUGAGCCCGCAGGUGAAGCCUGCGCCUAAGCCCGUAGCUAAACCGGUGGUGAAACCGACGACAAAACCUCUUAAUAAUUCUUCUGGGGCUUUGAACCGGGUCAAGAAGCAGGCGCAGGCGCAGACAGACUUGGACGCUGCGCGUUUUGCAUCGUACGAUGCAAUCACCGCGCGCAUCACCGCGUGGAAGCUGAACAAAGAGACAAACUUGCGUGCGUUGUUGAGUUCGCUUCAAGAAAUUUUGCCAGUAUCAUCCAAUUGGAAACCGGUGGGGAUGGGCGAAUUAGUGCUCACCAAGAAGGUCAAGGUGGCGUACAUGCGGGCCGUCUCCAAGACCCACCCAGACAAGAUCGGCGCGGAUGUUGCGGUUGAGGAUAAGUUGGUGAUGGAGGGGGUCUUUGUGGUGUUGAAUGAGGCAUGGGAUCAGUUUAAAGAGCUGAACGGGAUAUCGUAGUCCGUGCCCGAGAAAAGCUAUAGAUCAGAACGGUUAAAUAAAGGCGUAACAAGAAUAGAUUGGGGGGGAUAUACAUUUAAACGUAACGAACAAAAAAUAUGGUAUCAACGUAUGAGACAAAAGCCUGUGACUGAAUGUAAUGAAGGUGUACAAAAUAAGUGACUGUUUUGAU